UCAUAUUUUGACAUUCCAUUCCACAUCGUUUUGCGCGCGUUUUUUCGUGUCAUACCAUAUUCCAAUCGACUGGUUUUUACCUGUUUCAUUCAACCAUUUCCUCGCAAUCUACACUUUUAUAAAUUGUAAUUUUUAUCUCAGUUCAAGAUUACUGCCAUUAGGAGUUUAAUUCAAAGACUUCUCUUAAGUUUAUCCAAAAUGCCUGGCGCAGAACUUGAAUUGAAAUUCACUCGUCUGACCGAAAAUGCGUUUGCUCCAACGAAAGGUUCUGAAAAAGCUGCUGGUUAUGAUUUGAAGAGCGCUUACGAUUACACAGUACCAGCACGCGGUAAGGAAUUAGUAAAGACAGAUUUACAGAUUGAACUUCCUUCUGGGUGUUACGGUAGAGUAGCGCCUCGAUCUGGACUGGCUGUGAAAAAUUUCAUCGAUGUGGGAGCUGGUGUCAUUGAUGAAGAUUACAGAGGGAAUGUAGGUGUAGUCAUCUUCAAUCAUUCCGACCAAGAAUUUGUAAUUAACAAGGGUGAUAGGAUUGCCCAAUUGAUUUGUGAAAGGAUUUACUAUCCGGUUCUCAAAGAAGUAACUAAUCUGUCUGAAACCAAUAGGGCCGAUGGAGGAUUUGGAUCAACAGGGAAAUGAAAAGCUUUAACAAUGUUAAAAGUACUGUAAUAACAAAAUUUUUAUACUAAGGUUUUAACAUCUGAUAACAAUAAGGAAUGUUAACAAACAGACUAUUAUGUUCCAUUACAAUUUAGGUUUUGUAUGUUUUAGGAUAGUUUUCAUUGAUCAUUAUCGUCAUUGCUUAUUUUAAGAUAAUCCGUUGUUUAAAGUCUAUUAUAAGUUCAGUUUAAGGCAAUUUUAAUAUAAAGAAUCUAUGUGUCAUGUUCUAUCGCAAUAUAGAAAUUCUGGCUUUGUUUACCAGAAAAUUGGUAAUAUAUAUAUUGCUACAACACAUUCCGCUGAAUAGUUUUUAAUAAAGUUUUUGGUUAAUGAA